GCCGAGCAAACGGCGUGAACUUAGAGACCAUAAAUGAUGAGUACGCCUGAGACACUAGUCACCAGCUGAGUCUAAAGUGAAGAUUAGCCUCAGGAUCAAAGAUUGGGACCAAAGUCCUUUUCAAAUGGCCAAAGACUCGAUAUAAACAAAAACUUGGCACAAUGUGGAAUUGGAACCAGUUUGAUAACAUUUGGACCAACUUUAACAACCUCUCGAGCACACCGCUGGUCAACAACUACCGGUGCUUCUCAGUCUCGUUUGCCGGAAAGGAAUCCAUGGAAAAUGGGAACAAGAUCCUGUUACCUCAAUCGGCGCUGAACGAGCUGGCGAGUAGGAAUAUAUCGUGGCCAAUGAUGUUUGAGAUCAAGAAUCCAAAGAAUGGGAAAAUUACACACGGAGGUGUGCUCGAGUUUAUAUCGGAAGAAGGAUGCUGCAAUAUUCCAUACUGGGUCAUGCAAAACCUUGGUUUGAACGAAGGGCAAGUGGUGACGAUUCGAAACGUCUCACUUCCAAAGGCUCUCUGGGUAAAACUAAAGCCUCUCACCGAGGAUUACUGGGAGAUAUCAAACCCUAGAGCAAUUCUUGAAACAUCACUGAGGAACUUUGCAACACUCACAGCAGGGGACAUUAUUCCGAUACACUACAUCAACAAGGUUUAUAAUAUAGAGAUUGUUGAACUAAAGCCCGGGUUUGCAUGCUCUAUUAUCGAGACAGAUAUGGAAGUUGAGUUUGAAAGCCUUCCAGUGGAACCAGCCAAGGCAGAAAGUACGCAAGAUAAACGACCAUGCAGUGUUCAACUGCCCAUGGGUAGCAGGAUUGAUGGUAAAACACCGAAAAUUGCCAAACAAAAGACUCAAGAACAGAAUGUUACUCCGUGGAAUAAUAAACUACCAUUUGGAAUACGGACCACCUGUGAGGACUUUGAGAGGCUGGUGAGACAGGGCCGGAUCCCUGCGGUCAAGAGGGGAUGAGAAUCUUGUGGAAUCUCGUCGGCACACACUGGGAGCCUUCCCUCCAAAUCUGUUGGGCAGCCGCGUCUGU